AUGAAAGGAAAAACAAAAGGAAAGAAAAAUGAUAAAGUUGCCAUGGAGAGUGACAAUUUGUACUUCAAUGGACUAUUCUAUAUGUAUGCAGUUAUAAUGCAGCGUCAUGUGUGCCACAAUCAUAGGAAGCUUGAGGUGGCACUGUCUUUAGAGAACAAUUCUAUGCGAAAAUGUGCAUCCCAGGAUGGGUUGGGCUACUUUGCAACCGAAACUGCUAUCGAAGACCGAUACCAAGCAAUUGAUAAAGUUAUCGGGAUUGAUGCAGAGCAAUUUUUUGGUUGUGAGGUCGUUCUAGGCGUUCCAACUAUUAGGCUGCACAUAGGCGGACCAAGCAAUGCUUAUGCGGUCUAUGCAGUUGUGAGGGUACUUCCACCUAGGUUGUCUUGGGGGCAUCUAGGCACUCUUGCUGCAACUAUUGUUGGCACAGCUGCUACAUUCCUAGCAAAAAGAACUAAAGCUUCUCAAGUUACUGAGGCCCCUACAAAAACUUGUGAGGACUGCGGAGGUUCGGGUGUGUGUUCUGAAUGCAACGGAGAAGGUUUUGUGCUAAAAUGGCUGUCCGAUGAAAGUGCUGAUAAAGCAAGAUUGAUGGCAAAAAACAUGGCAACUCGAUACACGGCAGGGCUCCCAAAGAAGUGGAGCUACUGCACAAAGUGCUCGUCUGCUCGAUCUUGCGUUACUUGUGGUGGUAGUGGGAAAUUAAACUACAUUAAUCAGUAAAGCUUGGUCCUUUUUAUAGCUCAAAAUCAAGUAUUUUUUUUUUUUUUUUUUGUU